AUGAAAUUUUUUAUCGUUCCAGUUAUUUUAUUAAUUGCAUUGAAUUUGAUAAUAUCAUCGGCACAAAAUGAUAUUCCAAAAUGUAUUCAAGAAAAGAUAAAUAAUAUCUUAGCUGAACCAGUUUGGAAUCCACCAGCUAGUAUUAUGAAAUAUUUAUAUAAUGAUAAAACAAUGUAUUUAUUGAGUAGUGAUUGUUGUGAUCAAUUUAAUAAUCUUUAUGAUGAAUCAUGCAAUUAUAUUUGUGCUCCAUCAGGUGGAUUUACAGGUCGAGGUGAUGGACAAUGUAUGGAUUUCCAUCAACAAGCAAAAUUUCUUGGUAAAGUUUGGGUAGAUACACGAGGACGUGGAAAAUAA